GUGUCCUCUGUAAACCGAAUUCUCAGGAAGAUUCAACUCGACUCUGCGAUGUUGAGAGUGGAGAUUUCUACGCACCACCCCAGAUACCCAGGUAGGCUACACAUCCUAAAUCUUGAACUGGGAGAAAUACACACAUUUAGGCCACAUACACUGUGCACAAUUUGAAAAACAUAGCCAUAUAGCCUACUUGUAUGCAUUCCAGGUCUUCCAGUGGAGACCCCAACGCAGUUAGUAGUGAAGGAGAGGGAGGAGAUGGAGACAGUUGAGGUGAAGGAGCCUCCAGGGCCCCAGCAUCGCAACCGCACCACCUUCACCCUGGAGCAGUGCAGAGUAUUAGAGCAAGGUAGGCCUAUACAGUAGUCCACUUUAGACAGAACAAUGUCCUACCUUUACUUCGACAACUGUUUAGGUCCAUUUAGGCUAUGUAUUUAUAAAUGUGGAGUGGAUGCACGAAAGAUUAGGCUACAACGACUUAGUUUGAUUAGACUUUAUUCCUAUUUCACCAAGGCUUGUUUUAGAGCAGUUGGAAAAUCUGUUAUCAUUUCAAGCUGAGCUUUGAAUGCUCUUUCAUCAAUUUUUUCCCUCCCAAACUGAACAGAAUUCACACGGAGCCACUACGCAGACAUGUUCACCAGGGAAAAACUGGCAUCUGAGAUCCAACUUCCAGAGGACACCAUCAAGGUAACAUGGCACAAACUAUGCAUACAACCUAUGUAAUUUCCUGUAAAAUUACCUGUAAUACUGAGCUACAUCUGUUAUAAUUGCCAUUCCCCUUUGAAGGUGUGGUUCUCAAACCGAAGGGCAAAAUGGAGGCGGGAAGCCAAGCAUAAGAGCAGUGUCCAUGGAGCACAUAGUGAGUGUGUGUAUUUGUAUUUAUUAAGGAUCCCCAUUAGCUGCUGCCAAGGCAACAGUUACUCUUCCUGGGGUCCAGCAACAUUAAGGCAGUUAUAUACAAUUAAAAAUAUUACAUUACAUGUAAUAACACUUUUCACAACACAUUAAGUGUGUUCCCUCAAGCCACUACUCUACUACCACAUAUCUACAAUACAAAAUCCAUGUGUACGUGUGUGUAGAGUGCGCGUCUUAUCAUGUGUAUGUGUGUCUGUGCCUGUGUGUGUGUCUCUUCACAGUCCCCACUGUUCCAUAAGGUGUAUUAUUAUUGUUUUAAAAAAAUCUGAUUCUACUGCUUGCAUCAGUUACCUGAUGUGGAAUAGAGUUCCAUGUAGCCAUGGCUCUAUGUAGUACUGUGCGCCUCCCAUAGUCUGUUCUGGACUUGGGGAUUGUGAAGAGACCUAUGGUGGCAUGUCUUGUGGGGUAUGAAUGGGUGUCCGAGCUGUGUGCUAGUAGUUUAAACAGACACCUCGGUGCAUUCAGCAUGUCAUACACUUCUUACAAAAACAAGUGGUGAUGAAGUCAAUCUCAAUCAAUCAAUCAAUCAAUUUUAUUUUAUAUAGCCCUUCUUACAUCAGCUAAUAUCUCGAAGUGCUGUACAGAAACCCAGCCUAAAACCCCAAACAGCUAGUAAUGCAGGUGUAGAAGCACGGUGGCUAGGAAAAAAAUCUCUCCUCCACUUUUAACCAUGUUAUUAUUAAUGUUAGCUCUCCGUGUACAUUUAAGGGACAGCCGUGUUCUGAGCCAAUUGUAAUUUUCCGAGGUCCCUCUUUGUGGCACAUGACCACAUGACUGAACAGUAGUCCAAGUGCGACAAAACUAGGGCCUGUAGGACCUGCCUUGUUGAUAGUGUUGUUAAAAAGGCAGAGCAGCACUUUAUUAUGGAUAGACUUCUCCCCAUCUUAGCUACUGUUGUAUCAACAUGUUUUGACCAUGACAGUUUCCAAUCCAGGGUUACUCCAAGCAGUUUAGUCACCUCAACUUGCUCAAUUUCCACAUUCUAAAUUACAAUAUUUAGUUGAGGUUUAGGGUUUAGUGAAUGAUUUGUCCCAAAUACAAUGCUUUUAGUUUUUGAAAUACUUAGGACUAACUUAUUCCUUGCCACCUAUUCUGAAACGAACUACAUCUCUUUGUUAAGUGUUGCAGUGAUUUCACUCACUGUAGUAGCUGACGUGUGUAGUGUUGAGUUAUCUGCAUACAUAGGCUUUACUCAAAGCCAGUGGCAUGUCAUUAGUAAAGAUUGAAAAAAGGAAGGGGCCUGAACAGCUGCCCUGGGGAAUUCCUGAUUCUACCUGGAUUAUGUUGGAGACACUUUCAUUAAAGAACACCCUCUGUGUUCUGUUAGACAGGUAACUCUUUAUCCACAAUAUAGCAGGGGUGUAAAGCCAUAACACACGUUUUUCCAUCAGCAGACUAUGAUCGAUAACGUCAAAAGCCGCACUGAAGUCUAACAAAACAGGUCCCACAAUCUUUUUAUCAUCAAUUUCUCUCAGCCAAUCAUCAGUCAUUUAUGUAAGUGCUUGUCAAAUGUCCUUCCCUAUAAGCAUGCUGAAAGUCUGUUGUCAAUUUGUUUACAGUAAAAUAGCUUUGAAUCUGGUCAAACACAAUAAAAAAAAAAAAGUUUGCUAAGGGUUGGUAACAGGUUGAUUGUUCGGCUAUUUGAGCCAGUAAAGAGGGCUUUACUCUUCUUAGGUAGCGGAAUGACUUUAGCUUCCCUACAGGCCUGACGGCACACACUUUCUAGUAGGCUUAGAUUGAAGAUAUGGCAAAUAGGAGUGGCAAUAUCAUCCGCUAUUAUCCUCAGUAAUUUUCCAUCCAAGUUGUUAGACCCCGGUGGCUUGUCAUUGUUGAUAGACAACAAUACUUUUUUCACCUCUUCCACACCCACUUUACGGAAUUGAAAAUUACAAAGCUUGUCUUUCAUAAUUUAUACUUGGAUGUGUAGUAUCAGUGUUUGUUGCUGGAAUGUCAUGCCUAAGUUUGCUAAUCUUGCCAAUGAAAAAAUCAUUAAAGUAAUUGACAAUAUCAGUGGGUUUUGUGAUGAAUGAGCCAUCUGAUUCAAUGAGUGAUGGAGCGGAGUUUGCUUUUUUGGCCAAAAUGUAAUUUAAGGUGCUCCAAAGCUUUUUGCUAUCAUUCUUUAUAUAAUUUAUCUUUGUUUCAUAGUGUAGUUUCUUCUUCUUUUUAUUCUGUUUAGUCACAUGAUUUCUCAAUUUUGUAGUACGUUUGCCAAUCGGUUGUGCAGCCAGACUUAUUUUGCAUUCCUUUUGCCUCAUUCAUACAAUUUUUCAAUUCCUCAUCAAUUUAACAGUUUUUACAGUCAUUUUCUUAAUGGGUGCAUGCUUAUUAGUAACUGGAAUAAGACAUUUCAUAAAUGUGUCAAGUGCAGCGUCUGGUUGAUCCUCAUUACACACAACAGACCAACAAAUAUUAUUUACAUCAACAACAUAGGAAUCACUACAAAACCUAUUAUACACUAUAUUAGGCCCAGCCUUCGGAACUUUGGUUUUCCUAGAUAUGGCUACUAUAUUGUGAUCUCUACAUCUGAUGGAUUUGAAUACUGCUUUAAAGCAAAUUUCUGCAGCAUUAGUAAAGAUGUGAUCAAUAAAUGUGAUGAUUUCAUUCCUGUGCUGUUUGUAACUACCCUGGUAGGUUGACUGAUAAUCUGAACCAGGUUGCAGGCACUGGUUACAGUUUGAAGCUUUUUCAGUCAAUAUUUAAAUAACCCAGAAAAUAUACCUCUCUGUUGAUAUCACAUACAUUGACAAGCAUUUCACACAUGUUAUCCAGAUACUGACUGUUAGCACUUGGUGGUCUAUAGCAUCUUGAGAGAGAGAAAGAAAGAAAGAAAGAAAGAAAGAAAGAAAGAAAGAAAGAAAGAAAGAAAGAAAGAAAGAAAGAAAGAAAGAAAGAAAGAAAGAAAGAAAGAAAGAAAGAAAGAAAGAAAGAAAGAAAGAAUAACAGUUCACUUUUCUUUUUAAAGCUUCAAUUCUGAUGAACCAAAAGAACAAAGAUUUCCCUUCAGUGAAUUCGAUGAGAACAACCAACUCAAUGACUCAACAGGUACAUAAACAAGCUAAGCCCCCUGACACCAUGUUGUUAUGAAAAUUGAGUAUAUACCACUGCAAUUGAUACUAUUCAUGUGCAAUUAAGUAUUAUUAACCUUGUAGCAAGUUACCAGCUGACUAACAAAAUGCUAUGUUUAUCUUGUUUGUGGUGUCAUUACAACUGUGUUUAGACACACUGGAGGCAGAGGGAGGGUUUGGGAGUACAGUUUGACACUUCAUGCUCAGAAAUCUCCCAGAGAUAUGGUCCAGCUACUACAAUAGAGAGAGGUGAUUAAGCUUUUAUGAUGGGUUUUUUUAAGAGUGGGGCAAAGCCCUUCUCCUGGAGAGCCACUUACCAUGCAGGUUUUUGCUCCAGCCCUGCCCUAACACACUCAACUCCACAAAUCAACUGCUCAGUUUCUCAAAGAGAACUUAGCUAAAUCAGGUGUGUUAGAGCAGGGCCGAAGCAAAAUCCUGCACAUUCACUAGAUCUCCAGGAGAAUUGGCCAACCCUGCUUUAACCAUUUCAGAGAUGUACCUAUAAAACACAAUGUGAAUAGUGAAUGAAUGUACUACCUCACCUACAGGUACAGGAGGAACAGAAGUGUUGGGCUACAGAGGUAUCUCCAUUCCUCUUCCAUCCUCAUCCUCUCAAUACUCAGGCAGCACCACGUUCCCAUUGGUCCAUCCCCAGGACGAGAGGACUCCAUUAGCUCACCAUGCAGAGAGAUUCACGUUCCCAUUGGCUCAUCAUUACACAGACGUGAGGACAGUCUUCCCAUUGGCUCAUCAGACUGAGAGGAUGGGACAUACACUGAACUAUCAUUGGAAUGAGGGGACAGAUUUCCAAUUGGCUCAUCACCAAACAGAUGAAAGGUUUCUAUUGGCUCAUCACAGGGAGAGGACUGGUGGUCCAUCACUUAUGGGACAGAAUGUGUCUCCCCUUUUCUCGAAUCAGUGA